ACUAGCCUCAUAGCCCACGUCCUAGAAUCAAACAUAACCAUCGCCCAAGCCACAGAAGGACUCGCAUACGUUAAGAAAUGGGUCCCAGACAGAGGCGUCGCCUUCCUUGCCCGGAAUUCAGUGCAUCAUGACCGUGUUUUCCUGGCACGCUAUUACCCCUCUGUAGAUCACCUC